CAUGAAAGCAAACCUCUUAAGAAUGUUUCCCAACAAUUUACGCACAAAGCAUUCAUAUCUUAAUUAUUCCGUUGCCUAUUGAGGCAUAGUGCAGCAGCAUGGAACCAAAGCUAGGCGGCUCUCUUCCGGUGCCUAUUGUGCAAGAAUUGGGCAAGGAGAAAUUAGCCACAGUUCCUCCAAGAUACGUGCGCCCAGAUCAACAUCAACAGAUGAUUCUCUCUUCUCUUUCUUCCUUGCCUCCAAUCCCUGUAAUCGAUAUGCAGAAGUUAUCAGACAAAUACUCACUGGAUUCUGAGCUUCAGGCCCUUCAUAACGCAUGCCAAGAAUGGGGUUUUUUUCAGUUGAUCAACCAUGGGGUGGACGCUGCGGUGGUGGAGAAAAUGAAGUUGCAAGUGCAAGAAUUCUUCAAUCUCCCAAUAGAGGAGAAGAGGAAGUUCAGGCAAGAGGAAGGGGACUUACAGGGUUAUGGGCAAGCCUUUGUCGUGUCAGAAGAGCAAAAGCUUGAUUGGGCAGACCUGUUUUACAUAGUUACUUCGCCAACUUACCUCAGAAAGCCUCACUUAAUCCUUAAGCUUCCUUCUACUUUCAGGGACGCCAUAGAAGAGUACGCAUCAGAACUGAAAAUUCUCGCCAUGAAGAUUCUAAAGCUAAUGGCAAAAGCCUUAGACAUGAAAGUUGAAGAAAUGGAAACGCUAUUCGCAGAAGGGAUGCAAUCGAUGAGGAUGAAUUACUAUCCUCCGUGUCCCCAGCCGGAGCUCGUCACGGGCCUCUACCCACACACCGAUGCAGCUGGGAUCACCAUUCUCCUCCAACUCAAUGAAGUGGACGCCCUCCAAAUCAAGAAAGACGGAUUCUGGAUUCCCGUUGCUCCACUCCCUAAUGCAUUCAUCAUCAACAUUGGAGAUAUAUUGGAGAUUGUUACCAAUGGAGCUUAUAGGAGCAUUGAGCAUAUGGCAACUGUGAACAAAGAGAAAGAGAGGCUCUCCAUUGCCACAUUUCUGAGUGCGAAUCUGGAUGGUGAUAUGGGUCCGGCGCAAAGCCUCAUCACUCCUCACACUCCAGCGAAAUUCAAGAGGAUCAGGGCGGCUGAAUAUAGUAAGGGAUACUUCUCGCGGGAGCUCGUGGGGAAAUCAUACUUGGACACUAUGAGGAUUUAGGGUAUACUAUACUCUCACCCAAAUUCUGAUCUGAAUCUAGUUGAGUCGCUUCAAUAAAUUAUAUAAAAAAUAUAAUAUAUUUAUCGUGUGAUUGAUAUACCUAAUUUAAAUAAAAAAAUUUCAUAUGGUAAAUUAUAAUUGUCAGCGAUGUUGCUUAAGAAAUAAAUAAUUGAUGUAGUGAAAUGGCUAAUAUUAUGCAAUUAUAGAAGAAAAAUGA